AUGAACACUAUCCGGACUUCUGUUGCAGCUACUAGGAAUAAAGCUAUCUUCUUCCUGGGGUUGCUGUGUCAGCAGAACCCGGAGACAAACGGAAACCAGGAUCCUGCGCCAUGGUCGCAGCGCUACCACCGGGCUCUGGGAGGGAAAGUCAACCGGCCUGGCACAGAGCUGAAGAAGCUGUUCAACUGACGGCAGGUUUUGAACCGGCAGUGGCGACUGAGGCACUGUGUGGUCAGAGCUGUGACACAUGAAGGGUUGAUCAUGUGGCACCACCUCAAGACAUGGGCGUCCAGUUCUCAUGCCAACAUUACUCUGUCAGGGAAGAAGCAGAGGAAACUCCUCCAGCAGAUCUGGCUUGCCCAGAAGGAGAAGGCAGCCAUGGAUGUGGAAGCUCCCCCAAAGCCAGCCAGGACUAGCAAACCACAGCCGAAACGCCCAAAGAAGACGAAAGCCCCCCAGGGUGUAGAAAUGGAAGAACUUGAUGAGGAGAGCUGA